CGUGUCCGUGUGAACCGUGGCAGGGGUCGAGCUUCGUCUUUUGAGGUAUAAAGGACAGGGCUGCACCAAACACUACUUCUACUCUCUGAACGCAUUCUGAUCCACCAUGAAGCACUACGGAAUUGUCCUCGGCUUGUUGGGUCUGGUUGUGUCUGGGAGCGCAGUGCCUUGGGAGGAAAGAGAAGAUGAGCCGUUCAUCACCCUCGUGCUGGACUGGGCCAUGAACUGGGGCUCCUGGGGGCCGCAGGAAUUCUGCCCCACGGGAACCUUCGCUUAUGCCUUCCAGAUCAAGGUUGAGUCUGAGGACGCCUCGGACGACACCUCCAUGAACGGCAUCGAGCUGUUCUGCCGCGAGCCCGUGGACGUGGGUCGCGAGGGUCGGCCGCCCAGGAAGGAGGCGAGGGAGUACUCCAUCACGUCCAACUACCAGAAAUGGGGCGAAUGGCGAGGCAAGAGGGAGUGUCCGACGGGCUUCCUGACGGGGCUGAAGAUGAAGAGCGAGGAGGACCAAGGCAUGCUGGUCGACGACACGGCGGCGAACGACCUCGAAAUGCAGUGCGACUACUCGACGGUGACGCUCAACGGCGGCGGCAACUCCUGGGGCUACUACAGCAACUGGGCCAAUUGUCCCGAGGGCUACGCUAUCUGCGGUAUCGAGACCAAAGUGGAGGGCGAGACUGCCAGCGACGACACCGCGCUCAACAACGUUAUGAUGUUCUGCUGCUCGACGGUGGCCCUCAAACAACCUCGCGUCUGAGCCUCCUGCAUGCCCUGCCCUGCCCUGCCUUGCUCUGCCCUACCCCUCACACCCCGAUCCAGCCCAGGAGACAUUAGUUUAAGGUUGGAUGGAAGGCAGUGAUGUCAUGUACCGCCGUGUUUGUGUUUAGGUUCGUGGACAACUUUUCUUCUUCCCUCACUCAGUAGUCAUCGGGGAGUCUGUAUAUUCGCUUUGGUAGUCGUCUUGAUCAGCGUUCUUCAAGCAUUUUCUUCCCGUUCCAUUUGCAAAAGACAUUCGACUCUAGAUAUUAAACUGUUUGCUGUGUGCC